UGCUGAUUUGAUUUGUUCGACGGAAAACCAGUCGUUUUAAUAUUUUUCCCAGUAACCAAUCGGAAACGCUUGGUGCUGCCACGUUGCCGAGUAUCCGGUUGGGGUCAGCCAAUCGUAGAAUUGGUGCCCAGUCGGAGCGGCAUCUCUCCGUGGCUUGUGUAAACGCGAAGCAGCAAGCAGCACUCGGUCUGGCCGCGGUCGAAAUUUGUCGGGAGCCGUCGCCAUGUUUAGAAGUGUGUGCGUCCUUGAGCGAGUCGAGCGAAAAUGUUCUGUAAAAUAUUAGAUAUAGCUCAUGCACUGUACAUUACGUGAGGUAGCUAAUUGCAAUUUAACGCUCGUCGAUCACGGGUGUAACAAUUAUUUUCGUGGAUGGCUCGCCUACGUCGCAGAAUUUUGUGAUUACAUUAUGUGUGAUGUGUAAUGAGUGAUAAGCAGACUGCACCUACUUUGCCGCCCCUUAACGGGGGUGGAGGAAAUAAUGGGGGAAGCAAUGGAGGUGCAUCACAACAAACUGUUAGUUUGCAACAGGUUCUUGCCACUGCUCAAGGGCUUAAUGUUCUCACUACUAGUGCUGGACAGCAGUUUGUUAUUACUUCACAGGUUCCUGGCCUUACACAGGUCAUACCGAGCAAUGCAACAACAAAUGCAAACAUUCAACAAGUUGGUGUUACAAGAAUUGUUAAUAUUAGUAGCACGCCCCCACGUGCGAGUCCCGUGGGAGUUGCAGGUGCGAGCAGUUCACCUCUUGCAUCUCCCUCGCGCCAGAAUUCACCGAAAGUUGUUUUAGCAACGUCUCCAAAACUUGUCAGAACUUCUAUUGGAAAUAUGUUUGUCGCGCCAACGUCUCAAGUUUCGAUGCAAUCGCCGCCUGCAAGAAAAAAGUUAAAAUUAACUGACUCCACCGAAAAACCUAGUGCGUGCGCAGACGAGUCGAUGAGUUAUAGAAGAAGAAUUAUGGAACACAAAAUGAAACGAAUGCGUGCAAUAAGGGAGAAGUACGCCGAAAAUGCAUCGGAGCUAUUCUUUCUUCAUGCUGGAGGCAACGUGAUGGAUUUCCAAACUUGGAGAAAGAGGCCGCCGACGCCACAAUAUCUGCAUUUUUUACGUCAACAUAGAUUAGAUCCAGAUGAUGAUGAUGAGGAUUUAACGGUGCCACUGCCAACGAUAUCAGAAAUUCCAGUAACACCUAUGGUGACAACAACUGUUUCCAAUAUAGUUCCUGUGAAUCAGUGUACAGAAGUAACAAUCUCUGGUAUGAACGUUACUCCGGUUGCGGUAUCCACAACGUUGCCUGCUGCAGUAGCUCAACUUAAUCAACAAGGACACGUACCAGGUAGGCCUCAAGGGGGCCGCCAUGGCAUGGUAUUUGCCUUCAGGGCAGCAAUUCAAUCUUCACCAGUCACCGUUCACCCUCCACCUACUUCUACUCUAGCACCCACGCUCAUUAUAGGUAGCGCACCAAUAGUUCCAGGUUCACCAAAGCCUAUAACAACAAUAGCAGCAAGUACUGUAACAGAUAAAUUGUCUACAACAGCUACAACUGUUACAACAACAACCACUACUACUACUGUAACAAUUAUUCCUACUUCUACUUUAACUGUAACUACUACUACUACUACUACUACCACCACGGCAAAAACGUCUACCGCGCCUGUUGUUGCUCCUGCUCAGCCUGCUUUAAAAAUCGUUAAGCUACCUUCCUCUAAUGCGACUACAUCAUGUGAUAUCACGAAUAAUCAAGAACAAAUUGUAGAAAAAGCGAAACAGGAAGCAUACGUUAUGCAGAGGAUCGCCGAGCUCCAGCGCGAAGGGCUAUGGUCAGAAAGAAGAUUACCCAAGGUGCAGGAACCACCUCGUACGAAGGCUCAUUGGGAUUAUUUAUUGGAGGAGAUGGUUUGGUUAGCCGCUGAUUUUGCUCAAGAACGGAAGUGGAAAAAGGCUGCAGCAAAAAAGUGUGCGCGCAUGGUACAGAAAUAUUUCCAAGAAAAAGCAAUUCAAGCACAAAAAGCUGAAAAAUCACAAGAAUUGAGGUUAAAGAAGAUCGCUGGAUUUAUUGCAAAAGAAAUCAAAACGUUUUGGACUAAUGUUGAAAAGCUGGUGGAAUAUAAGCAACAAACGAGGCUCGAAGAAAAAAGGAAACAGGCGUUAGAUCAACAUUUAAAUUUUAUUGUUGGGCAAACAGAAAAAUAUUCCACAUGGCUAACAGAAGGACUUAAUAAAACUGACGGUCCUCAAAGUAUACCAGCUUCUAUUAAUAGUUCUCGAAUAUCUUCUCCAAUCCCCCCUGGAAAAUCUCAUUCCGAUGAGGACUUCCAACCAAACCAAAGUUCAGAUGACGAUGAAGAAACUAUAGCUAAAGCGGAAGAGGAAUUAAAGUCUGUAACGAAUCAUAAAGAGGAAGUUGAAUUGUUAAAGAAAGAAUCGGAAAUACCAUUAGAAGAUCUCUUGAAAGAUUUGCCACCCAACUACUUAGAAGAUAGAAGUAAAAGCUUAUCGCCUAUGCCAAAAGAAGCUGCAGUAGAAGAAAAUGAAAAGACAACGGAUGGAGAUACAGAUUUUGUUGCGGCAUCGGACGAAUCCUCGGAUGAAGAAGAAACUAUCAUGGAACAGGAAAAAUUAGAAGAAAAUGCAGAUUAUAAACAAGAAUUGGAUGAUCUCAAAGCUGAAAAUGAAAUGUCUAUCGACGAUCUUAUGGCCAAAUAUGGCAAUCUGCCGGAUGUUCCAAUGGAUGUUGAUCAGGAUCCUGGUCAAGAAUCGGACAAAGAAAGCAUUAAAGAAGAAGAAGGACAAGAAAAUGACGAAGAGUCUAGCAGUAAUGAAAGUGAAAGUGAAGAAAGCGACAAUGACGUGGGAGAACAAGAGUCUCAAACGCAAAGCGACAAUGAAGCCGACAUAGGGCUUAAAUCUCUCCUUGAAGAUAUAUCUAUGGAGAAAUCUUCGGUUGACAAGACUGAAGACAUGGAUCACUCGCAAGCUCACAAUGAAAUGGAUAACGUGGCAGCAUUAGCAGAGAGUAUUCAACCUAAGGGGAAUACAUUACUCACUACCAGCGUUGUUACGAAAAUCCCAUUUCUCUUGAAACACCUUCUUCGAGAAUAUCAACACAUAGGACUAGAUUGGCUUGUUACGAUGUACGAGAGAAAAUUGAAUGGCAUUUUGGCCGAUGAAAUGGGCUUGGGUAAAACCAUACAAACGAUUGCCUUGCUCGCACAUUUGGCGUGCGAGAAAGGUAAUUGGGGCCCGCAUCUUGUAAUAGUGCCAACGUCCGUGAUGCUUAAUUGGGAAAUGGAAUGUAAAAAAUGGUGUCCUGGUUUUAAGAUCUUGACUUAUUACGGAACACAAAAAGAAAGAAAGCAGAAAAGAACAGGUUGGACGAAACCCAAUGCGUUUCACAUAUGUAUUACGUCGUAUAAAUUGGUUAUACAGGAUCAUCAAAGUUUUAGACGGAAAAAGUGGAAAUACUUGAUAUUGGACGAAGCUCAAAAUAUUAAAAAUUUUAAGUCACAGAGGUGGCAGUUAUUAUUGAAUUUUCAAACACAAAGGCGAUUAUUACUUACCGGUACACCUCUUCAGAAUAAUUUGAUGGAGCUGUGGUCUCUGAUGCAUUUUUUAAUGCCAAAUGUAUUUCAGUCGCAUAGAGAAUUUAAGGAAUGGUUUAGCAACCCUGUUACAGGCAUGAUAGAAGGAAACAGCGAAUAUAAUGAGAACAUUAUUCGUCGUCUGCAUAAGGUUUUACGGCCUUUUUUAUUACGGAGAUUAAAAACAGAAGUGGAAAAACAAUUACCCAAAAAAUACGAACACGUUAUUAUGUGCCGUUUGUCGAAACGGCAGCGAUAUCUGUACGAUGAUUUUAUGUCUAGAGCAAAAACAAAAGAGACCCUGGCUAGUGGUAAUCUACUAAGCGUCAUUAACGUAUUAAUGCAAUUGCGGAAAGUUUGCAAUCACCCGAACUUAUUCGAAGUGAGACCUACAGUGUCGCCGUUCCAAAUGGAGGCUAUUGAAUUUGUUACAGCUUCUUUAAUAUGGAGUGCUCUUGAUUACGAUCCAUUUAAGCAUAUCGAUUUAUCUAGUAUUAAUCUUUUACUAUGCGAUUUGGAGUUUACCCUUACUGCAUUUGCGGCACAUAGAGUAAGACGAUUGCAGACGCCACGAAAGCUAAUAGAAGAAAUAGACAGUCAAUCGAAUCCACCUCCGAGAUGUCCAUCUGGAAAAAUUAAGAUUAACGUUAGAUUGUCUAAUCAAGUUAAACCAUCUACUACGCCUCAGCAGACUCAAACAAAAUUAAAGAAUUUCGCUGGAAUAUUGCCUACUCCAAGAGUUGGAACGUCACCCUUAUUGAAAACAAUAAAUAAUCAAAGCACACCAGGACAAGGUGUCACUUUGAGAGUAGCUGGUGGUCAACAAUUACAAGGAUAUUCCGUACAAUUGGUGCAGCAUCAGGGUAGCGUAAAAGCCAUCCCUGUUGGAACACUAGCACAUAACCCACAAAGUACAACAGUGACACCAACUACAGCAGCAACGAAUGCACAGAGGAUUACAGUAGCGAAUGCAAAUAUCAGAGAUGGACUGCAACGGCUAGCCACGCAGACAGUCACAGUUAAACAAGGUGAUUCCGUCCAAAGAAUAGCAGUGCCUAGUUUUGCACAGCUGGUUCAAACAUCUACUGGUAGACAUAUCAUUCUGACUUCGAAUCAGCAAAACACUAACACAGUUUCGUUUCCGGUAAUGACUCCGAGCGGACAACGUUUAACAGUUUUAUCGAAGUCUUUGAUGGGCCUAUCUACCUCUGCAACUGCAGUUAACAAAGUUGUAGGAGGAGUAGUAACAACAACAAGUGGAACAAGUGGAAGACCCGUAAUGAGGGUACCGCCUCUAAAUGUUACUGCUUCUCAGGUGCAGUCCCCUGCUGGCAAUGGACAAUCGCCGCAACAAUCGAUUCGUUGUGGUAUUGUCACCAGACACGCACAAAAGGAAUCUGAAAAGGCACAAAUGAAAGAACGUCCAAAGUCUGAGUUUUAUUUGCCACAAUUGGAAGAAGAACGUAAACAAAGGAGACAAGACAAACUCCGUCUUCUUGCGAAAAUCAACGAAAGAAGAUGCGCGGCAUGUCCUCUGUACGGUGAAGAUUUGUUUAUGGCAUUGCGUAUUGGAAAACCGUCUACAGCAUGUCGAUGGCAUAAUGGUUGGGUCCACUGUUCCACUGCUAAAGAGAAUCCGCGUACGCGAAGACAAUUUUUUUCCCGCACAGAGGCGCUCGCAGAGGCGAUUAACAGUACAGAACAAAUCGUCGAAGAGCUUAAAGAAGUUUUCGAAAGGUUCGUUGUUCAUGUUCCUGCUGUGUGCGCACCCUCGCCACGUUUUCAUGUUUCUCAUCCACCUCCACAUAAAUUGUUCGGUCAACGACGUAUGCAAAUGGAAAUGCAACGUCAACUGUCGCCGAAAUUUGCAUUGUUUCAUCCAGUAACUAGCGCAAUGAUGACUCAGUUCCCCGAUCCCAGAUUAAUACAGUACGACUGCGGGAAACUGCAAGCCUUGGAUCGACUUCUCAGAAAGCUUAAGUCUGAAAAUCAUAGAGUUUUAAUUUUUACACAAAUGACAAGAAUGUUGGACGUACUGGAAGCUUUUCUUAAUUUCCAUGGCCAUAUAUAUUUGCGUUUAGAUGGUACUACCAGGGUAGAUCAACGACAGGUUUUGAUGGAGAGAUUUAAUGGCGACAAGCGAAUAUUUUGUUUCAUUUUGUCGACAAGAUCCGGAGGUGUGGGUGUGAAUCUUACAGGAGCGGACACCGUCAUAUUUUACGACAGUGAUUGGAAUCCCACGAUGGAUGCCCAAGCGCAAGAUAGAUGUCAUAGAAUAGGUCAAACGCGGGAUGUACAUAUCUACAGGCUAGUAAGUGAAAAGACCGUGGAAGAAAAUAUCCUGAAGAAGGCUAAUCAAAAGAGACUGCUCGGAGACUUAGCUAUCGAGGGUGGUAACUUCACAACUGCUUACUUCAAGAGCUCGACGAUUCAAGAUCUCUUUAACAUCGAUCAAACCGAGAAUGACGCAACCGCGCGAAUGGCUGAAGUGUUGGAUCAGAAUCGAGAUCGAGAGAAAUUUCUACAAAAGGACGCACCAGGACUGCCUCAGAGUACAGAGGACAAAGUGGCAAUGGGAGCACUGGAAAGUGCUCUCGCUGCCGCUGAAGAGGACCUCGACGUUCAAGCUGCGAGGACUGCCAAAGCAGAGGCUGUCGCUGAUUUGGCGGAAUUCGACGAGAAUAUACCUUUGGAAGAUGGGGAAAGGGACGAUAUGCAAGUCAGCAAGGCUGAGCUUGAAGUACAAAAUUUGGUAUCUCAGCUCACGCCCAUCGAACGUUACGCGAUGAAGUUUGUCGAGGAGUCGGAGGGUGCUUUCUCCGCAGCGCAACUCGCAGCAGCGGAACGCGAGCUGGAGGAACAGAAGAAAGAGUGGGAGUUGGAUCGACUGCGAGCGUUACGUGAGGAGGAAGAGAGGCGAAUGCGGUUGGUCGACGACGACGAGAAACCGUUGACGUUCGGACGCGAGGAUGCGCAGAAUCAGGUUAAUAGUGCUAGUAAUUCUAAGAAAUUAGUCAGUAAGAGACUCCCGCCGAAUAGAAGGAGGAGGAGGAGGUCGCGUAGGAAUAAUAGUAAAAGUGCUCAGGAAUCGGAUAGUGAAUCCGAAACCACCACGGAAUCGGAAUCAGAGUCUCAAGAAGAUGUUGUGGAAGAUAGUCUCGACGAGGAAUCGAGUCACACCGAGAGUCAGAGUCAGGGCGACGAGGAUGAUGAGGAUGAAGAAGAAGAAGAAGAAGAAGAAGAAGAGGAGGAGGAGGAGGAGGAGGAGGAGGAGGAAGAGGAUGAGGCGAACGAUCGAAACGAUUCCGAGCGUGGUGGUUAUCGUAAACGUAAAAACCGUUCGAACAAAUCGUUCAGUCAGAAUCACUUUGAUCUCAACAGUCCGAGAACGAGAUCCAGGGGCAACGUCAAGAUUAAUCUGUGGACGUUGGACGUGAGUCCAAUUUUACCAGGCGUAAAACCUAAGGGUCGUGGCAGACCUCGAAAAAUCCGGAAGCAACGGGACCUCGAUAUGGGAAUGAAAGCUGGAGAGAGCUUUGUUUUGCCUUUACCGCCGACCUCGAGCCCUAAGAAAUCAAUCAACCCGAAUACGUCAAAUAAGGUGGACGACGAACACUCCACGACUCCAAAAGUGUCGACUCUAGACACGGAGAGAAGCAAACUCCUUUCGCCUACCAAGGGGUCGAUCGAAAACGUUGAUAAUUGCAAAACCGUUUCGAAUCAUUGCAGAAAACUUAGGAAGAGCACAGACGCAAAGGAGGAUCUUAAUUCUGUUACAAGUUUAGAUUGUUUAGACGCGGAAACGUGUUUUCGAUCGGACGAUUCGGCUUCUAGCAGUAUGUCGGAGCAACGUAAAACGUCGGAAUCGAGUGAGACAGAUACGAAAGUCGAUGGUGACGCGAUAUGCGAUCGAGUAGACAAAUCUUCGGUAUGUAUCGCGCAGUCGGUACACAAAUCAACAUCGCAGUGCAACAAUCUUGGAAACGACGUACCUCGCAACGAAAAUAUCGAACAUCUUGAUACCAGCGUUACUUCGCCGAGUCGUAACUCUUACUCGUCCGUGAUAGAGUCGGGUACUUUGAAAAUGAUCUCCGAUUCCGAACUAACAGAAGAAAUCAACGUAUCGGAAUAUUCGUUGACCGCUUCCUUGAAGAGCGAGAUAGUCGUCCAACACGUGGAAGAAGCUACAGAGAAAUUGGAUUCCGUUUCCGAAAAUAUCAAACCUGUUACGGAGAAGAACGAACGUUUGAAAGGGGAACGAUCGGAAGGCGAGGAUGAAAAUAAUCCAAAGAACAACACCAGGACACGAAGUCAGGCCAAGGCGAACGAAAACGGAAACUUAGAACAACCGUUGUCGAGUAAGGAACGAUCGGACGAUAGUGUUUCAAAUUCCCCUAAGGAACGCGCAUCCAUUUCUGUGAUAAAAACAAGCUCUAGUCAGGAGGUCGGUAGCAAAGAGGAAAAAAGCAGUAAAUUAGACGAAGACAACGACAAUAAAUUACCAACCUCUUCUACGAACGAUCCCGAUUCGUGCGACUCGACAGAGUCCGAUCUGAACGAAGAAGGUAAUCUAAAGUUUCGCAAACCUGACUCAUCCUACAGUAUAACUACAAGACGCGCGAAAACCAUCGCCACGGAAAACUCUGAAAACAAAGAUUCGGUCACGCAGGUAUCGUCGAGUGAGUCGAAGAAGAAUCAAGAAAGCGAAAUUUCGAAUGUAAACGUCACGCGCAAGGAUAUAAAUAAAAUAGCAUCGAUAAGGAGACCAGAUACACCUAGGCCUACCGCGGAGCACGGCAGAAUUACGAGGUCGAGCGUAGGUCGUUCUCUGACACCUCCGCCUAGCAGUCCCACGAAAUCUUUACACAGGAAACCACCGGACCCUCCUUUUCCCGAGUGCUUCAAAUCUUCCCCGCGGCCAGUGACGAGGUCGUCGACUAUGAAUUCACCGUUGCGAAACGAAGAACAAAGUACGGUGUCGUCGUACGAGAAACCAACCACGCGCAGUUCGAAAUCCUUGGAUAACGGCUUCGUGAAUCCCGUCCUACCGUUCCGUAGAAGCAGCUCUAUACCGCCGAUGAAACCCGUGUCUGAAACAAAAGACGGUAGCCCCGUUGCGACUAGGUCGAAGAGGACCAGUGAAUCCUCGAGCGUGAACGUAAGUGUCUCGAGAAGGCGACCGGACACACCAGUUCCUACUUUCGAACAAAUGUCGAGAGUCACGCGAUCUGGCUUAAGUUUCACUAUGAAUUCGGGGAAGUCGAGUUUCAACCACGCGCCUUCGCACAGAGGAGGCAGACACGCCCGGAAGGUGGACUCUUCUAGCGAUUCGAAGACGCAGGAUUCACCUGUUUCGCCCAAGAACACCGAUUCGAACGGGAACGCCGUUGCUUCGGAGGACUUCACGAAACAGGACGACCCCAUUUAUGGAGAAGGAAACGAGAAGCCGCAACGGACGGCUAAGGUAGUAGCGAUCCUUACUUUGGACACUAGAAACAAUCACAGUAGCAAAGCGUCCAGUUCCGUUCACGGAAAGUCUUCGAACUCCAGUGCCGGCGAAACGAAAAACACUAAGAAGCACGAGUCGAAUUCCAACGCUCCCGAAUCCCCGGGGAAGAACUGUCUGAUGCGAAUUUCCGACGUGACUUCCAAUUGUAAAUUAGACGGAUGGUGUGGCCCCGGACUGGAGACCAGUUCUCGAGGUAAUCGCGUAGCUUCCACCGUGCUCUCGAACUCGGCAAGUACUUACACGAACUCCGCCAAGGCUGGCAAAGCGUCGAAUUCGAAACAUAAAACCGACAAAGUUUCGUUGCCUGUGCAGUCGACGGUGAUCGCGUUGGUCGAUCUGGACAACGAUCCUAAUUACGACUCGCCGGACGGCUCGCAACGAUUGAGAAGGAAAAUAAAACGGACACGAUUAACGUCGUCGCAGAUAGUCGAGGCGCUGGAAGAAGAAGAGGAACAGAUACCGCCGUCGAAGAAGUCCGUUCGUUCUCAGCUACCGCCUCCACCGCCUCCUCCUUCGCAGACGGCUCAAUUGGAAAAGAUAAGCAGCGGCAGCGUAUCUUGAGUCUCGUUGAAAUUUUAUCGCUGCGACAUGUAGCAGCGAGUUUGUAUAAAUAUUCCUCGACGCGAUUCGAAGGCGCGCGGAUGCCAUUUUUGGCUGCGCGUGUAAAAUCCAAGUUAUCGAAUUUUUUGUUUUCUUUUCGCGAGAGGGAACACCACUUUUGGGAACCGAAAAAGGUGCUAUUCAACGGUUUAUUUUUCUUCUUUUGUUCUUUGUAUAAGACGAAACGACGUCUAAUACGAACGUUUUAAUAACGUAUAUUUGAAGUACACAGGAGGCAAGAGAGUUGCGUCGAAGUCAUAGGAACACCAGCGUGUUAAGGUUCCUUUUCGCGUGACGUUGAGUCGCGACUUCUAACUGUACAUUUUUUCCAUUUUGUAAGCUAUUUUUUACACGAACAAUUUACUUGAAAACGUUAAGAGUUAAUAGCUGUUAAUAGGCAUGAUAGACCCAGGAAAAACACGAGACAAUCGACAUGUUGUUCACUGGCAAGUGUUAUUGUGUAAAACUCUUUACCGAGUAUUACAAACAGCUGGCAGCACUGGUGUUUUUCUUAUACUUUGAACAACAACAAAAUUAAUUUCAUUUCCUAGUCACACGGCGAGGUGAAUUUCUCUGGUCCUAAUGGUUAAAUUCGAACGAAGCUAGAAUCUUUAAGAGCUUAUACGAAUAUCAGUAUCGCUACACGUAUGGAUUUUUUAAAUAUUGAUUCAUUCAAGAACGGUAGACUUUUUCAGCAAAAAAAAACUGUAAAUUUUAGAGGAAAAGAUCGAUAACCGUUUUUUGAAGUUUUAUUUUCUUUUAAAAGGAAAGUAUUAAAAACAGAAAAGAGUCUGUACGCGGGAAGAUAGAUUCGAAAAGUCGAGUUUCAAGAUGAACGCGUCGAACCGGGGUCUCCUGUUUGAGCGUCUGAACACGCUUCGCGGAGAAUGUAUCUUUAUUAUUACCUUAAAUUUUGCCCGGAUAUUUGCGAACAGUAUUUUUACAUUAUUAAAUCUUAAGAAAACGAAUGAGUCCAUUUUUCGAAAUUGCAAAGGUGAUGUUCCCUCUCGAUUUUCACACGAUCCUCUUGUAUAUAAUACGCAUUAACGAGGGAAAGAUAAUCGAUGGAAAAAGUGAGACUUCUUUUCUUUGUACCGAGUACACGCGUGUAAUAUUUUUAGCAUUGUAAAUUUGUGCUCUCCCGUAAAGGUUUUCCUGAACGCCUUUAAGCGACAUUGUAAUUUAUACUUGGUAAUAAGAAAAAGGAAGGGAGAAGUAAGACACAUCCGCGGUUGUAUAAUAUUAGGGAUAGUAACGAGAAUUCAAACAGACAGAUACACACACAUACAAACAAACAAACAAACACACAUUAAUAGCUUAGUUCGUUAGUGACGUUGCAAAGAAUGAUCGCUAGUAUGCGAUCGUUUUUGCGACGAUCGAUCGUAUAAGAGAAAACA